AUGUCUGAGAAUAGUGAUAGUAUUCUGCAAUUGCAUGGCAUUGAACUCUUUGGUGCGUUAAUAUUUCACUAUCUCACCAGUUCCUCCUUCAGUUGUGAUGUGUUGUACACAUUUCUGGAGAAUACCACCUUUAGUGGAGGAGGCAUACAUCCAGCAUCGCGGCUGUUAGCAUCUAUGGGUGUACUUUCACAGCGGAUGGGGCAACGAGUUGUAGAGUGUAUGCUUGUCGCAACGUUGAUGGAUAGUAGAUAUGAGUUGUUGCAAGAUGCCGCACUGCUUCAUCUCUUGUUGGAGUAUGUACAGAAAUACCGUUUCUAUCAAUUAUGGCUUACACGUGUUCUGUAUAAGGUAGGGAAUUUAUUAUUCUUACCAGAACUUUUAUGGGGUAAAACAAGUGAGGAGGAUCUUUUAAUGCGUCAUGAUAAACGUAAAAAGAAUAGCGGCAGUGACAAAACAAAGGGAGUUGAUAACAGUGAAGAUGUGCUUAACUCUCUUCCAGUGGAGUAUCAACGAACUCUUUUAUUUUUCCGUCAUUGCUAUGAUAGAAGUGUACCCUACGCUGUUUUCGCAAGUGGAUUGGUAACGGAUAUGACUCAACAAAUAGUAGAACAGGCGGCGUGGGCCACGGCAUUCAUUAUCUCCCGCAAUAAACACACUUCACGAUGGCGAUUGUUAAAGCCGUAUCUCUGCUGCACAACCCGCAGUGCGAUGGAAACUACUUUGGUGUAUUUCACACGAGUAACGGGGGCGUGGGUGGGCCGUCGUCUUUCCCACACGGCCACAGAUGGAAAACUCUUCUGGUGUGAGCGACUGCUGGUGUUGUUCGCAUCGCCGUUUAUUUGCUACGGCAGUCGCCUGGUCGCGGCCCGACUGCGAGAGCGACUGGAAUUACUUCACCCCGCGACUGCAGAGGAUGAAAUGGAAGACCGCCGGGAAGCGGAGGAGGCGGCGGAAGAAGAGGAGGAGGAACUUCCAAAUAUCUUUAGACACACAUACGGAAUGGAUGAUGCUAACAACAACAACAAUAAUAAUAAUAAUAAUAAUAAUAAUAAUAACAACGGAAAUGGGGGGGAUCCAAUGGGAAGAAUGUCGGGUGCACAACCGGUGGAUCUCUACGAGGUGUUGGGCGUACAGCCAAGUGCGAGUAAUGAGGAAAUUCGACGUGCAUAUCGACAAAGUGCCUUAUCGAAUCAUCCCGAUCGUGUAGGGAAUGAACCGGGGAAACAGAAAGCUGCACAAGAACAAAUGGUAUUAAUUAAUCAAGCAUAUGAAGUACUCUCUUCCACUUCAAAGCGUAAUCAAUAUGAUAGAUCGCGACGAAUGGAAACAAUGAUGGGAAAUUUUGAUAGUCCUAUCAUUAUCUCAGGUUCAUCCCUGUCUGUUGCGGUGUGGGGUUUGGCAGGGGCGAUAUUGACAGUAUCGCUUAUUUUCAGUACAAGGUACUUCACUGCGUUUCACAACUUAACAGGUCCAGGGAGAUCUCCUUUACGGUUUCUGGGCUUGGUUUGA